AAUCUUUUGCUGCAAGUGCUAGCGCAAAAAAACAAAGCCACAGCUGGUAGCCAUGGCAAAUCAGGGCCAGGACAGGCUAACACAGGCUGUUGAUAUGGAGAAGAAGGCACGCCAGCUGGAAAGCGCAGGACAGCUGGAGGAGGCAUUGCGAGAAUACCAAAGCAGUGCACAGGUCUUUACCUUCGUUUGGAAGUGGGAGGCCAACCAGCGCAUCAAGGAAAUGGUCCGUGAAAGAUUAGAAGAUGUGGUGACCAGAGCUGAAAACCUGAAGAAAAAUAUCAGCAAUGGUGUCAAGGGGCCCACCAGCCCCUCGGGUGGUGGCUAUGCUGGUGCUGCUACUCAAGCGCCACCAGCUUCAGGGACCGCUGAAGAUGCAGAAGAUAAAGAAAAAGAAAAGCUGAAGAAAGGCUUAGAGGGCGCCAUCAUGACCAGCAAGCCCAACAUCAAGUGGGAUGACGUGGCAGGUUUGGAGGGCGCCAAGGGCGCUUUGCAGGAGACUGUGAUACUUCCAACCAGGUUUCCGCAGCUUUUCACUGGAAAGCGAGUUCCCUGGCAUGGAAUUCUUCUUUACGGACCACCUGGAACAGGGAAGUCCUACUUGGCGAAGGCUUGCGCAACAGAGGCUGAUGCCACCUUUUUCAGCAUCUCUUCUUCUGACCUCGUCUCCAAGUGGAUGGGGGAAAGUGAGAAGCUGGUUAGAAGCCUCUUCGAGAUGGCCCGCGAAGCCAAGCCCGCCAUUAUUUUUGUGGACGAGGUCGACUCCCUUUGUGGCGCCCGCGGAGAGUCUGGCGAGUCUGAUGCUGCCCGACGGAUCAAGACCGAAUUCCUGGCGCAGAUGGAUGGUGUUGGCAAAGAUAGCUCUCAGAUAUUGGUCUUGGGGGCAACAAACACUCCCUGGGACCCGAGGGAGACUCAUGUCUAGAGAGUCUAGGCACUGGUACUUGAAGCAUCUUGAAGUUCUGCGAGCGCUUAUAGAAAAACUAUCAUACCUAUUGACCAUUUUCGCAAUUAACAGUCUUUCCAAGGACUUGCUAGAUGGACUGUAGUCUCAGCACAAUGCCAGCGACGUUGACUCAAGCAAAGUAAUCAAAACAUGUUUCAACUAGUCUCAACACGGUAGAUUGGUUUCAGUCUCGGAACAUUCAAUCACCAUUAGAGAAGCAACCCAUGAAGUCUCGGCACUCUGAUUUUGUUCGUUGGAACCAACGCCGUGGCGACCUGCUCUCCAGGACCUGGACUCGGCGAUUCGCCGCCGAUUCGAGAAGCGAAUCUACAUCCCUUUGCCGGAGUUGGAAGCGAGAGUGCGGUUGCUUACCUUGCACUUGGGAGACACACCACACAGUUGUUCCGCAGAGGACAUCAGGGCCAUUGCGGCUCGAACUGAGGGCUUCAGUGGUGCAGACAUUUCAAUCCUCACGCGAGAUGCCCUUUUCGAGCCAGUGAGACGCUGUCAGCGUGCAAUGGCCUUCAAGAGAGUCCAGAAAGGAGACAAGACUUUCUGGACUCCUUGCAGCCCCGGAGACGGCGGCGCUGUCGCCAUGAAAUUGAUGGAUGUCCCGGCAAGCGAGCUCCUGUCGCCGGAUGUCAUACCCUCCGACUUUGAGGCUGCCCUGGAGAAGGUGCGCCCGAGUGUGAGCCCCGCUGACUUGAAAGAGCAUGAGGAGUUCACAGCAACUUUCGGCAUGGAGGGGCAGUGAGGAACAUGCUCUUGCAGCCGUCCUGAAUUUUAGGUUGGUGCCAUAGCUAUUAGGUUGGAGGCCAUCACUGUUAUAGGUGUUAUUUUCUUUUAGACUUCCUGGCCUGGC